CCUCUGCUUCCUUGUGUGACCUCAGAGAGACAUCGGGUCAGAUAUCAGAAGGAGACCGGUCCGGUUCUGGCUCCUCCAGCGGUCCAGAUGUUCUGCAGAACAAAGCGGCCUUCAUCACCGCAUCAGAAACAGACGUACUCUACCUGACCCAGUGGUUCUGUUGCCUCAUGGAGCUGCACCUGGUUCUGAUGGGUUGGCUGGUUCUUCCUGUUGACGCCGCGUCUUUCUGGAUCAGAACCGGACGGUUCAGACCCAGCAGCAGUUUUUUAACACUUAAUAAUUGUGAUGUUUUUUAACAUCACAAUUAUUAAGUGACAGGACAAAAUUGGUUCAGGAUCCAGCAAAAUUCAACCAAUGAGACAUAAAAAUAAAGGAAAAUAUAUUUACGAUAAUAAAAGGACAAGAAGGAUGGGGGGUAAUCAAUAAGGGUUAAAUAAAAAUAUCUGAAUCAGAGAUUGAUCAGAAUCACUCAUAGAUUCUGAGUCCAGCUCCAUGACAGGAAGAUCAGUCAAUCCAAUGUGCAGGUAGGUUUUCAUACCUUAAAAAUGGUUGCCAUAUUUAAUAGUCUUACUUCUAUUCUGCAUCCAGUAGGUUAUUUUUUCUGGGGUCACAGUUUUGAUCUCACAAAGUCAUAGUUGAACUGGAAGGGGGGGGCGUCUGAUUUCCAUUUUGUUGUAGUAUAUUUCUUAGUAAUUGCCAGAAGGACUUCUGUGAGUUUCUUAUAAUUUGUCUUUAGAUUGGAGUUUGUGAGGUUCCCAAAUAAACAAUUUGAACUGUUAGAAUCGUGAUGCCAGGAGAUUCAGGAGCAGGAAGUCGGGCAACUUCAUCCCACUCAGGUCUGCUCAAACGGAACCAGAUAGAUUUAUUCAUCUCCACUGCAGCAGCAUUUUCACUGAAUCUGACUGAUACUGCGAGUGGAACCAGUUAAAUCAACCGGAGAUCAUUUUGACCCAUGUAAAAUUUACUGAAACCAGUAGCAUCAGUCUGGAGUCAGAGUGAGUAGUUUACAUCUGGGCUGAACCAGUUUGGAUCCAGUCUGAAUGAAUCUGAAACCAGUGUGAUCCAUUACUAGGGCAAACUGGACCGAGCUAAACGCUGAUUGGGGACAGUUUCCAAUUUAAGCAGAAGUUGAGCAGAGAACGGAACUGCGUUUCCUCGGUCGACCUGUGGGGGGCAGCAUCGCUCUUUUCCACUGAUUAUUCAUAAGAAGAAGAGACGUACCGGAGUGGUAGUGGAAUAAACUCUUAAAUAAACUUAAAUAUUUGACAUAUUCGUUGGUAGAAGCGGGAUUUUUUCGGACUGGGGGGUUAGAUAAGGAUGCUAAGCUAUUGUUCACGGUAGAGCGGCGGGUUAAGCGGCUGCAUUUCAGGUUUAAAGUCGGAUUGUUGUUAGUUAGCCUGCGGCUAACCUCCUCGGUGUCUCCCUGCCGAUAUGGGCCGUGGAGACGGACCCACCAGGGACAGGACUCCUCUCGGACCUCCAGGGGAAGACGUACCUCUUUUCGAGAUGGGGCCGCCGGGCUGGGGCCCUCCUCCACCAGGAGGUUGGGGACCUCCGCCUCCCGGUGGUUGGGGUCCACCGUCCCCAGAAGGAUGGGGUCCAAGAGGCCCUCCGCCUCCAGACUGGGACCUUAGGGGACCCCCUCCUCCGGAAUGGGGUCGCGCUUAUGACUGGGGCCCAAGAGGUCCCCCACCUCCUGAUUGGGAUCCAAGACUUCACCCACCCCCGGACUGGGACCCCAGAGGCCCCCCACCUCCUGACUGGGACCCCAGGGGCCCCCCUCCUCCAGGUUGGGACCCCAGAGGCCCCCCACUCCCUGACUGGGACCCCAGGGGCCCCCCUCCUCCAGCUUGGGGCCCAUAUCCUGAUGACUGGGUGCCUCCCCCAGACUGGCAGCGACCCCCGCACUGGAGAGGCUGGGGUCCGGAGUGUCCUGAUCCAUGGGGUCCGGGGGCCGUCUCAUCUGUCCCUCCUGUUCCACCGGUCCCACCGGUCCUUCCACCCGGUCUACCCCCACCCGGUCUACCCCCGCCCGGUCUACCCCCUCCCGCUCCUAUUGGGAUCCCCCCUCCAGACCCUGCGGCCGUCCCGCCCGUCCCUCCUCUGGGCUGCAUGCCUCCAUUUGGGUUCCCGCCCCCCUUCCAGGCACCGGUCUGGACCGCGGAGCCAGUGGCGGAGGAGCCGAUGCCCAACCCGCCGCCUGACCAACCGGAGUGGAUCAAGGCUCUUAUUUCUGCUCCACCUGGUGACUCGACUCCAGCCGAGACUAAAAAAGACUCUGAAGCUCCCGCCGUCACCAAGGUCGCGCCCCCUGACCCUGCCCCGGCUGCCGCCCCCACACCUCCUGCCGCCCCGAAGCCUGAGCCCAGGUACACGGCCAAGGCGCUGGGGCUGCUAGGAAAGCGAACCUUCGAGAGGCCUCCACCCGGCAGAUCCACAGGGAUCAUCUCCUUCGUCGGGCCAACGUUCGGUUCCAUCGAGAGGGAAGACCUGGAGAAGUUCCAGUUCAGCUUCGAUGUCUUCUUUGGGAACCCCAACGCCCUGACGCCCGGCGUCCGGGUCCACUUCACAGCCUGCAAGGAGAAGAACCGGGCCGUGGCCACGGAUGUGAAAGUGGCUCCGGGGGGAACGGAGAACGUGGACCCGGAGAUCUACGAAGCCGUGGUCAGCCAGGCCAUUGAGGAGCCGCAGCCCGGCGACCGGCAGUACCCCGGCCAGGUGCACGUGACCCUGGGCAUGGUGCGGACCAACCUGGCGUUUGAGAGGAAGGACAGCACCGUGACGCUGCUGAAGGACGAUCAGGUGCUCAUCAACGUUCUGACUGACAUCGUCACGGAGAAACGGCGAGCCACCAACAUCAGACCCAAGAUCCCUGCCACCUUCGGCUCCACCAGGGAGACCAGGGAGAAGGGCAUCAUUGUCAGUCUGAAGGAAAACGAAGGCGUCAUUCAGUCAGAAGAACACGGGGAGCUUCAGUUUGAGACCAGAGAGAACUUGAGUGAUGUGGACUUCACCGAGGAGGACAUCAAUGAGGAGGUGGAGUUCACUGUCCUGCCGCUGAGAGGGGGGAAGCGGGCCGUCAGGAUCAAACGAGUCAAAGAGCCCCUCCUCCUGACGCUCUGUGGUGCCUCUUGCUCCGCCCCCGAGGAACUGGAGAGAACCAAUGGGGAGAAGGUCUCUGUGGGCCCCAACCGGACAACGUCCAAGUCCAGGGAGGAGUUGGAGCCUCACAUGGUGCUGGACUCUGAGCUCUACGAAGGCAUCGUCAGCCAGACCAUCAUCGAGCCCAAGGAGGACGUUCCCGGAUAUCCGGGUCAGAUCGUCGCCAACAUCGGCCCCCUCAGGACCAACGUAACCUUUGACCACCGGGACUGUUCGGUGACUCUGCUGAAGAACGACCACGUCCUGAUCAACCUGCUGAUCAACACCUUGACCAACAAGAGGCGGGCCGCCAACAUCCGGCCCAAAAUCCCCUUCACCUUCCGCUACACCAAGGAGGUCCGCGAGCAGGGAACCAUCGCCUCGCUCAGAGACAAGGAGGGGCUCGUCAGCUCCACCAAGCACGGCAACUUGCCCUUUGACCUCUGUGAAAACUUCAGCGAUGCAGAAUUCGACUCUGACGAUGUGGGGAAAGACGUGGAGUUCACAGUGACCACGGAGAAAGCCCAGGUCAGAGCGAUCCGGCUGAGGAGGAUGAGGAGGAGCAAGGCGGCCGAAGACAAGAUCCUGCAGGAGCAGAAAACCCGCGAGCUGGAGGAGCGCCAGAGGAGGGAGGAGGACCGCAGGCAGGAGGAGGAGGCAGAGAGGAGGAGGAAAGAGGAGGCGGCUGCUGCUCUGGCAGCGGCCAAAGACAAGUGGACUCCGUUCGGCUUCAGGUACAGAAUCGCCGACUCCAUGCUGGAGGUCAGCAGGGAGCGCUUCCAGGGCACCGUGCUCAAAGCCAUCUGCAGGAGCCCUCCCAAGGAGCCGAGGGAGGAGCAGGAGGAGACACAGGAGGCAGAUGUGAAGGAGGAGGAGAUGGUGGUGAAGGAGACAAAGCCGGUGCAGGAGGAGAAAAGAGGCAUUGAGCAGGUCAAGCAGGAGGAAACGGAGGACGGCGAGCAGCAGGAGGCGACGGGACCGAUUGGGAGGAAGGAGAUAACGCAGGAGGAGGAGCAGCAGAUCGGGGCCCCCAGCCCGCCGGCCCCCGAGGUGGGUCGGCUGGUGAUGACCGUGGACGGCCGGCAGAAGCAACUGACCUUUGGCCCCAAUGACCUGCUGACCCUGGCCACCAUGCUGGUGGGAGACAAGGUCCGCUUCAGCCUGGCCACGCACCGCCUCACCAAGGAGGAGCGCGCCACCUUCAUUGAGAUCCUCCCCGACUCCUUCGAGGAGUCCACGGAGCAGCGGAUGCACGGCAUUGUGAUCGAAUUCUCUGAGGACUCUGGACUCAUCAAGUGUUCGGAGAACCCUCAGCUGUUCUUCAAAAUGUCCGAGGUGGUGGAGAAGAAGAAGCUGGAGCUGAACGAGAAGGUGGAGUUCAGCGUCGUCCCGCAUCCAACAGCAGACGGAGGGAAGCAGGCCAUCAGGCUCAAACGCUUCACGGAGAAAGUUUUUCUCCCGGUUCGCAAACUGAGCGGUGUCGGAGCAACCAAAGGGAAGAUGACCAUCAAGUUGGCAAAACCUCCAGACGGAGCUGAAAACCAGAAACCAGAGGCAGACAAACAGAAGGCCGUGUUUAAAACGAUAAAGAAGGACACCAGCAUCUCCCGCCACAAGUACCGUCGCAGCCGGAGUAAGGAGAGGAGCAAAAGUCGGAGUCCAUCCAAAGAUCAAUUUGGCCGCGUGGCGAAAAAGAGACACAGCACGAGUGUCGAACGAGAACGCAGCAGCAGAUACAGACGAAGCCGAGAGAGGUCGAGCAGGCGCAGCCGGAGCCGCAGCGGCAGCCGCAGCAGAAGCCGCAGCGGAAGUCGCAGCAGAAGCCGCAGUAGAGAGAAAAGCUCCAGGAAGAGGAGCAGGUCCAGCAAAGAGCACGAGGACAGCCACCGCAGAAGGCCGAGCCCGCCGCCACGGCGAGGCGCGGUGGUAGAUACCGAGCUGGCAAGGAAGAAACGAGAGCUGGAGGAGCUUAACGAGAUGAUCGCCUAUAAGAAGUCUCUGGUUGACCCCAGGGGGCUGGAGCCUGGAGGCAGGACCUGCAUCGACUACGACCACGGCAGGAUCAGCAUGCCUCGCUCAAUUCUCAAGAAGCGCCCAGAAGAACCAGAUUACAUCCGGCCUCCCUAUGAUGACCCCUACUAUGACCGCCCGUACGGUCCGUUCCCAGGCCGCUGCUACGGCGAGCCCUACAGCGACCCGUACCCUCACCCGUAUGCAGACCGGCCAUACGCAGACCGACCGUACGACAGCCGUCUCUAUGGCGACCCUCCCUAUGGCGGAGCCCCUUCUUCCAGCCAUCGCUACACUGAUCGGUAUGACGUGUACAAUGAGCAUUACGACAGUCACUUCUAUGACCCCGCGUACAGGGAACGUCCCUACGAUCCUUACCCACCAGUAAAACGAAGUAGAUCUCCAGAACCUCGUGUCUCUUCCCCACCUAGCCAAGAUGCUAACAUCUCUGCUAAAUCCUUGACUCACUCAGUCUCCACUUUCAGACCUCCGUCUCCCAUCGACUCUCCUCCAAAAACACCUUCUCCCAAACGAAAGUUCACAACUCCCCCGCAGUCCCCUCCGGCUCAGAAACCCCCUCUGCACCGAUUCCUUGACAUGCUCAACAAGAAGACGGUUGCUGAGAAGACCUCGGAACCGUUGGAUGUUACAGACGACCUCCUGCCUCAUGAGCGAGCCCUUCAGGAUGGCAAAGGCUUCUCUAGUAUUGUAGGUAUGGCUCAAGAGCGCCCCAGCAGCAGUCUGGUCCAUGAAGUGGAGAUCAAGCAACCAAACUCCAAACAACCCUCUGUGGAGAAAAUGGGUGAUGGUCAGAAUCCAGAACCCUAUGAUAAGAUACAAAGUCUGCUGCGUUCAAUUGGCCUCAAGCUGAGCUCUGGAGAGGUUUCCAAACUGGCCAGUAAAGCUCAGGAGAAAACCUUGAGCUUCAAGUCGUCAUCGAUGGAAAGAGAGACGUUUCCUAAGGAAGAGUUGCGGAGCGGCAGGACUGGUUCUGUGGAAAUGGAUCAUAUCCAUUCUCCCUCUCCUGCCAGAUCUUCCAGCAUUGAACCGCUCAGCAAUCUGAAGCCGGUCGUUUCGGAGUACGAGAAAUUCUUUGACCAACAUGAGUUUGAAGAGCAAAAGAAGGCGCAACAUCUGCAGAGCCAUACCAAGAUGACAGGGAGCACACCACCCACCGUUUCCUCUCCAAAGCCUCCUCCGGGGCCGCCUCCUGCCCACUACCAGCACCCAACCCCCCCACUCAACUGGCCUCUUGGUAUCACCACCACAUCCCACGGCCCUGAUGCCCCAGCUGCAGCCGCCCAGCCCCAUCCCAGGCUGCUGCGCCCCCCAGGCCCUCCACCAGGGCCUCCUCCACGGCGCCAGGCACAGCACCUUCCUGGCCCUCCGCCCCAGCGCCCAGCUGGACUGCCUCCUUUCACGACAGCCUCCACUCAUACGGUUCUUCCAUUCAUUGGCCAAGCCAGUCCUGCUUCAGCUGCCAGUGGAGCCACCUCCUUACAGCCCACACCCACUCCCACCGUGACACCAGUAACCUCAAGUCCUUCAAGCUGCGACCAGUCGCCCAUGUCUACCACGGUGGUGCGCUGCUUGAACUUGAUUGAGACUGUGAAGUCUCUGAGCACCCCGCCACCACCCAAACCUGUUAAAUCUGUCCAGUUCAGCUUACCCUCAGUGUCGUUCAGCAGCUCGCCGCCCUCACUGGAGACGGACGACGACAUCAAGGCCAAGCAGAAGGAGAAGCUGGAUUUGUAUAAUCAGAGGCUUCUGGAGAAGAGGGAACAGGAGUACAAAGAGAGGCUUACCCUCAGGAGACAAGGAGAGAGGAGCAAAGAGGGUCCGCCAGUCCCGGCAGACUUCAGUCAUCCAGGUUCUUCCAAGAAGGCCCGAUGUAACUGACACGUCUGUCUUCAGACAUGCUCAGGUCAUUCACAAGAUGUCAAGUUUAGACACCCUUCAUUGGGUGAGUUUAUGUAAACAUGACUUUAGCAAGGUCCAAGUCAAGAAACCAGAUUAUUACAGACAUGGAUUUGUGUAACCAUGCCCACAUUACCUAAACAUGUCUGUUAGCACGAUUCUGCCGCAGCAGUAGAAUUUUUACAUUUACGGGUAUGUGGUUGUUUUCCAUCUAUGAGAGACCAAGAGAUUUUUGCAUGCAUGUACAGCUCUACAUGACUUCAAUGCCUGGAACAUGAGCAAAGCGUCUGUUCAAGCUCAUGGAGCCACAGACUUGUGGCUAAGACGAUGGUCAGCAAGUCGUUAGCUGGAUCUAAUGCGUCGUCUCUUCGAGCAAGCAAAGAAGCCGACUGCGAGCUCAACUCUACAAAUAAAGUGCUCUGUUCCUCUGCACCUGGUGACCCACUGGUCAAUAAGGAAGGAAUCAGACUUCAGAUUAACGUUUAAUAGAAAUGAGGAGAUCCAGUGUGUUGGGUGUAAAACUUGGUUCCAGUUACCCCAUCUUUCAAACUGACAAUAUUCAGAAGUCGGCUAUAGAAACUUAAUUCAGGAAGGUUUUUUUCGUGUCAAGCUAAACCUCAAACAGCUAGUCACUGAGGUGCAGAUGGACUGUUUUUAGCUAGAUGUUAUUUCAAGCAGAAGUUCGCUCCAUGGUCACUGUAGGCACAUCCUUCAACUUCUACAAGCUGAUACUGAGGAUGGAACAUGUUCGUGUCAUUAAGACGUUUCAUCGGUGACCUUCUUUUUCAGGUUAGGACCUUGGUGAAGAUAGACUAACGAUGCCCUGACCUGCUCCCAGGUUAUCCACUCCAUUCCCAUCAAGGCUUUUAAGUGAUUGGUAUGGGAUUCCCUGCUGAGCCCCAGUAUCUGUGCUGGUCUGUGAUUAUGUCAUCUGCAUCACUACAGAGAGCUUCAGCCAGUUGUUACAAACCGCGGCCGACUUCUGGUGCGAGUCAGUGUGACGGGCUUUGCACAUGAUUUCAUUGAUCUGACAAAGUUGGAGUUUCUCCAGUAGUGGAUACCUGCCGCUAAUUUGCUAAUAGCAGAACUUAUUUGUCAUUUAGUGCUUUAGUGUUUUUGCUAACUUUGAAAACAUUUAUUUCCAGGUUUUGAAAUGUUAAUUUACUUGCCUGUUUUGUAAACUUUAAGUUAAAGUUUGACAUCUGUGUUGACAUUUAGUUAUUGACUGCUGUUAGCAUGUAGCAUUACAGUUAACAGUUUAAAAUCUUCUGAUGUCCUGUUUAGACUCUGCUAAAUAUGGUGUUGGUAUAGCUCUUUAGCAUUAGCUUCCGUUAAUUACAGUGUUGAUAUAACGCUUUAGCAUUAGCGGAACUAAUAUUAGUGCUUUUUGGUUAGUGCAACAAGCUUUCUAGUUAGCGGUGCCCACCAUUGAGCUUCUCCAACAAUUAGCAUCUUUCAUAAUGUUCCAUAAUGCCAACAGACUGUAUCAGGCCCUGUGGCUCCUGAUCUGACUGUGUAGGAGAGAGAAUAACUCAUUAAUAAGGACGACCCUGUAAAAGUUGGGGACCAUGGUCUGGUUUUCACUGCAGCUGCUGCGGUCCGUUACAUCCAGCAGUUCCUCCAUGCUAGCUUCAUCUACCAAAGCACCAGCUGGCUAACUCUAAGGUGGGCAGAUGGGCCGCAUCGAGCUUGGACGUUUUCAGGGUUGCCCACCAGCGGUGACUGAGUGCAGACACUUCUGAUGAUCUCCCUGAAUGUAAUGUUUGAUGCGCACCGAAUCAGAAACAAACCCUCGGCUUUGACCAGGAUCAUUUCUGCAGAAAAAAGAUCUCGUCGUCAUCUUCCCGCAGCUUUAAUCAUUUUGGGACCUCAGCGUUUCGUUGCUCUCUGUAGCACUCUGUGUGCUACCAACCGGUCAUGACGCUUACCACAGGGAGAAUCUCGGAGCGAAAUGCGGUUGAUGUUUUAGGCUGAAGAUGUGCUCCAGGACUUGGUGAGGCCUGGAGGGCAGCAUGGCUUUUUGUAGACAUGGCUUUAUGAGUGCAGGGUUCAGUCAGAUAACUAGGGAUGCUCACUUAGAGCGAGCUAGUUGUUGGUCACCUGCUGUUACUUUCUCAACAUUGCAGAGUAAGGCUAAGAGCAGAAAGCUACAUGUGAAUAUUAGCAUCACCUGUUAGAGUAAUUCAUCACUUGCAGCUUAGAUAUCACUGACUUUCUGGUAAACAUUAGAAGCUAAAGCUAAAUCAGAUUUAUGAAGGGCUUAAGUCUGUUUGAAUUAAAGAACCUGAUGUAUUUCUGGGUCGGAUCUGUUCAUUCUUAACAUAAAAGCCAUGUUGAUAAAAGCCUUGGGGGUUCCUGCGGUCCCUGCUCUUCAUGUUUUCACCGGAUGUUGCGUUUUGUUCGUGGUGCGUCUUUCAGACAGGUGCUAGUAAAGCCCAUCCGGGUAAGUUCACUUCGGUUCUGUUUUCUUCAACCAUCCAGCAAGACGUUGCACCAAAACAUCUUUAGUCUUUAUAAAGCUGAUGAACAGUAAGUAAAACCCACCAGACUGUAUUAAGGGUCGUGGUAAUUUGUUCUGUCCGUUAGAUUUAAUUCAGUUUCUGUAUCAGGUGGAAAAUGUGUAGAUGCUAAAAGCCUUAAUUUGUGGAAAAGGCUGAACAAGUGACAUGUCUCUGCUGUACUCCUCCUUUCUAAACGUUUAGUUUCAUAUUUAGAGAUUUGACCCGCCUUUGUGCCGCAGAACCAGCCAACAGAACCAUAUCGAUUUAAGAGUCUUUAUGCUAGAAGUAUCAGUUAGCUGUAAUGUUGAGUAGUUUGAGAUAAAAGUGUGUAGAUUUUCACCAGGAUCUUCUUCUCUACAGCUAUAAUUCACUGUAAUUGAAAUAGAAAGUUUUAUCUGUAUUUUUCAAACAGACCAUAGUUAUCAGAAUAAGUCAGGAUCUCGGUUGAUUGUCGUCGGCGUUCCCGUCGGUACAGCCGCUAGUCUGAUAUCACCUCAGGUUAAACUAACCUUUAUUAAAAAGGUUUUCCUAACUUUGUGACUUUAUAAGUCUGCAACUUUUCCAUGUUGUGCUGAGAAUUUCUAUUGUUUGCAUCCUCAGGUUGAGCGUCCACAUUCCCAGUUUAGACCAGACUGGUCCAGUAUGGAGUUUAGCAACUGAAAUGAAAAUCUGUUCACAGUGAUGAACAGAGGCAGCAUUUAAACACAGACCCAUCUAAUGGUUUUCUGUCUUUUCUCUUCAGGCUGGUAGACUUUAAUAGAAACUUUGUUUGGUCCAGAAGGCGUUAAACUAACCCACAGACUGGAGAAAGGAAAAUUCAUGCCAGUGUUUUGGGGAUUUGGUGUCAUGGGGCCAGAUGUUAGUGAACCUCUACUUCACUGUGUUGAGAUCGGUUCCUGUUUCUACUUCAUGGAUGGAUCCUUGGGCCGCGCUGAGAGGAAGGAACCUUGGCAGGAGUCGGUCCUUAGACCUCCUUAGCAGGGGUCUUGGAAAGUUUCCGAAGUUUAGUCGGCCGCCCUCUGUGGCGCUCAGCUGAUUUUGACGUUCCGGUGGGGUCCGUCCUCCAGCACCCAGCUCUCUGACGACGGAUUGGCCCUCCGAAGCCGCUGGGCCCGAACUGAACCCGAAUGCAGGCUGCUCUGAGACCAGGGUGGAUUUUACAUUUAUUGACAUGAAGAACUCCCUGCUUGAUGACAUUACCCCCAAAUCCUCUUUUCUGAAUCGAUUAAAACCCGGGGCAUUUCCUGAACAAUGAACAUUAAACAAAUGACACCUUUAGGUACAGACCUGAGCACAGCUUGUUCACUGACGCAUCCUAGGUCUAAAGUUGCUCUUUUGGUUAGAUAGCUAAUAGAAGUUCAUUUCAGUUCUACAAACAAAGUACUGGACCACGAGCAAACCGUCAGAGCCAGAUGAGGAGGAGCAGACUCAUUUAUUGGCAAAGAAACUCGUUGUGCUGAACCUUUAGACAUUAAAACGUGAUGUUCUUCAUGGUUGCUUGACUUUUUGCGCGUCACAUUUCAACGUCUGAACUUUACCUGAAGGAUGUGGAGCCAAUCUAGAGACGGCAGUAAAAGUCUCGCGGUGCUUUUCCGUAUUUGCGGGAUUAUUUGAAGGUUUCAUAACUUGAUUAAAAUGACAAACUUUGCUGGGUGACGUUUUUUCUUGACGGUUAAAGGUAGGUGACUGUUUUGAUCUCUUAAGCUAAAGUAAUACUUUUACUCUAAACUUGAAGCUGUGAAACAUUGAAACCUCUUUACAUUCAUUACUCAACAUUUUUUUCACAUUAGAAGCUGUAGUGUUGAGGAUUUAAAAUAAAAUCUCUUUAUGUAGUAAAUAUUAUUUACAUAGAAAUGUUUUGUAUGAGCUAGUGACUUUUAACCUGUAGAAACAGAUCAGGAGAAAACAUUCAACAGUUUAGACAGGAAACCCUGCAGGUUUUCUCAGUUUCCUGAACUCAAGACGCCAAAUCGAAACGAUUGGUCCCUUAUCUCAAAUCGAAACGAUUGGUCCCUUAUCUCAAAUCGAAACGAUUGGUCCCUUAUCUCAAAUCGAAACGAUCGGUCCCUUAUCUCAAAUCGAAACGAUCGGUCCCUUAUCUCAAAUCGAAACGAUCGGUCCCUUAUCUCAAAUCGAAACGAUUGGUCCCUUAUCUCAAAUCGAAAUGAUCGGUCCCUUAUCUCAAAUCGAAACGAUCGGUCCCUUAUCUCAAAUCGAAACGAUCGGUCCCUUAUCUCAAAUCGAAACGAUCGGUCCCUUAUCUCAAAUCGAAACGAUCGGUCCCUUAUCUCAAAUCGAAACGAUCGGUCCCUUAUCUCAAAUCGAAACGAUCGGUCCCUUAUCUCAAAUCGAAACGAUCGGUCCCUUAUCUCAAAUCGAAACGAUUGGUCCCUUAUCUCAAAUCGAAACGAUCGGUCCCUUAUCUCAAAUCGAAACGAUCGGUCUGUUAUCUGGCCUUGGUAGAAGUUGAUGCCAUGCUGGAGCAGGGAUGGGCAGUUGCAGUACUGUCUGUUAGCAUAAAAUAAUUUUGAUUCUUGCAUAAAUUUUGAUUUAUUUUAGUUUAUGACCAACUCAUCAGUACGUUUGCAAACCUGAAAACUAAAAAGUAUUGUUGGUAUUUUUAGUUUUUUCUGUUUGUGGAGCUUCACCUGCAGUAACAUUCAGUCGCAGCCAGAAACACUGGAAGGGUUUUAAAUACAGUUAGCGUUGGCCUUAUCGCUAUAAAUGCCAAAACAUCAGGGGCCUCAUGUAUCAAACACUGCGCAGUUUUCACACUAAAGCUCGGACAGAUUUAGAAAAAAAACUCCCGAUGCAUGAAGCCGAGCCGCCGUUCCUUUAUUCAUCCUGAUUUGGGGGAAACAGAGCAGCUGCUGCUCCGCCUGUCGCCUCCAUAAAUACAUAUUAAUGUAAAUUGUAUAAAUACCAGGAAGUUGCCAUGUGAAGCCGUAACCAUGGCAAUGCCCUUGUUUGUAGCAGAAUAAGUAUCUAUAAUAAUAAUAAUAUAGUUUAUUUACAAGUUGCUUUCAGGGCACAAAGGUCACCUCACAAAAAUCAAACUAAUACAUUUUAAAGAAACAAACUCCAAAUGAAUCCUAAAGAUCUCAGAGCAGCAGAGCGUUCAGCCGGGAUUUCAACGUUUCUUCUGAAUCCAGGAAUCAGGAGCAGAAGUUACAUUUACAGAGUCCAGAUGAUUUCUGGCUCCACUGGAGGACGGCUGCAGCUGGACCGGUACCGGUACCGGUACCUGCUUUAAGUUCUGCUCAGAGCUCCAGGAUGAUCAGUCUGGAUGAAUCUAAACGAUCAGAAACCAGCAGAUCAAUCUGAUCUCUGAUCAAUGGCUCCAUGUUCUCCAUCAGAGCCAAAGCUCCUCAGGUAGCGGCUCACCUUGAUGCAGCUACUGAUAUACCUGGGAUUGUCUCCACACCUGAUCACCUUCAAUAAUCAAACUGUUUGAUCAGCCCUGGUUUCUCUCUAGUGAGAAUAAAUAGAUGCAUUCAGA